CUUCUUCUUCUUCUCUUGGGUUACGUAAGCUAAUGGCGGAGGGAGUGGGCGAACCGGGGAGCUCGAUGCACGGGGUGACAGGCCGCGAGCCGACUCUGGCGUUUGAGGUGACAUCUCCAUCGGUCCCGACCGACACCACGGCCAAGUUCGCCCUGCCGGUGGACUCCGAGCACAAGGCCAAGGCCUUCAAGCUCUUCUCCUUCGCCAAACCCCACAUGCGCACCUUCCACCUCUCCUGGGUCUCCUUCUUCACUUGCUUCGUGUCCACCUUCGCCGCCGCCCCGCUCGUCCCCAUCAUUCGGGACAACCUCAACCUGAAGAAGGGCGACAUCGGCAACGCCGGCGUCGCCUCCGUCUCCGGUGCCAUCUUCUCCCGUCUCCUGAUGGGCGCCGUCUGCGACCUCCUCGGUCCCCGCUAUGGGUGCGCCUUCCUCAUCAUGCUCUCGGCGCCCACCGUCUUCGGCAUGGCGCUGGUCUCCUCGGCGGGCGGGUUCAUCACCAUGCGCUUCCUCAUUGGCUUCUCCCUCGCCACCUUCGUCUCCUGCCAGUACUGGAUGAGCACCAUGUUCAACAGCCAGAUCAUUGGUCUGGCAAACGGCACCGCCGCAGGGUGGGGCAACAUGGGGGGCGGCGCCACCCAGCUGCUCAUGCCCCUCGUCUACGAUCUCAUCCGCAAGGCCGGCGCUACCCCUUUCACGGCCUGGCGCAUUUCCUUCUUCGUUCCCGGCCUCAUGCACGUCGUCAUGGGCAUCCUCGUCCUCGUCCUCGGCCAGGACCUCCCCGACGGAAACCUCAGCACUCUCCAAAAGAAGGGCGACGUCGCCAAGGACAAGUUCUCCAAGGUGCUAUGGUAUGCCAUCACCAACUACAGGACAUGGAUCUUUGUGCUCCUCUACGGCUACUCCAUGGGGGUGGAGCUCACCACGGACAACGUGAUCGCGGAGUACUUCUACGACCGUUUCGACCUCGACCUCCGGACGGCGGGCAUCAUCGCCGCGUGCUUCGGCAUGGCAAACAUCCUCGCCCGCCCCAUCGGCGGGUUCACGUCCGACUUCGGGGCGCGCCGGUACGGCAUGCGCGCCCGCCUCUGGAACCUCUGGAUCUUGCAGACCCUCGGCGGGGCCUUCUGUCUCUGGCUCGGCCGCGCCGAAUCGCUCCCCGUCUCCAUCUUCGCCAUGGUGUGCUUCUCCAUCUGCGCCCAGGCCGCCUGCGGGGCCACCUUCGGCAUCAUCCCCUUCAUCUCCCGCCGCUCGCUCGGCAUCAUCUCCGGCAUGACCGGCGCCGGCGGGAACUUCGGCUCGGGGCUCACCCAGCUCCUCUUCUUCACGAGCACCAAGUACUCGACGGGGACUGGGCUGUCGCUCAUGGGGGUGAUGAUCAUGGCAUGCACGCUGCCGACAACCUUUGUGCACUUCCCGCAGUGGGGAAGCAUGUUCCUUCCGCCGUCGAGCGACGUGGUGACGUCGACGGAGGAGCACUACUAUGCGUCGGAGUGGAGCAAGGCGGAGAGGGAGAGGGGAAUGCACCAGGCCAGCCUAAAGUUCGCCGAGAACAGCCGGUCGGAGCGCGGAAAGCGAUACGUGGCGUCGGCGCCGACGCCGCCUGAAGCAUCCCCAGCCUACGUUUAGACGCCUCAGUCUUUAAGACUGAGAAAUGUCGAAAAUAAUCUCAGAAUAAAUAAGACCUUACACUUUGUAAUUUAUGAUCAUCAACGCCUAUAUCACGAUCCAAAUUCGAUAAUCUGCAGAGUUUUUCCUUUGUUUAUGUACUUAAGUUUAUGAUGAGUUUAAAAAUCUAGAUAGUUA